UCUUUCUUUUAUAUCGCCAUUCCAUUGAGUGGGAUCAGCUAAUGAAAUGUUUUUGUACAAUUUCCUGUUAUUUUGGUUAGUAUCUACGAGUUCGAUACAGAACAGCACAUCAACGAGUUACACAUUUCCUAAGAACUUUAAAUUUGGAGCUUCUACAUCCGCUUACCAAACUGAAGGAGCUUGGGAUGUUGACGGCAAAGGAGAAACUGAAUGGGACUUUAUCAUUCACAAUUUUUCAAACAUAAUAAAAGAUAAUGCUACAGCAGACGUGGCAUCCGAUUCAUAUAAUCUCUGGGAAAAAGAUGUACAAAUCGCUAAGGAAAUGGGACUUAAUUUUUAUAGAUUUUCUAUUUCAUGGUCUCGUAUUCUUCCUACUGGAUUCGCAAAUGAAAUAAAUAAUAAAGGAGUACAAUUUUAUGAUAAUUUAAUUAAUGCACUACUAGCUGCAGGAAUCGAACCAGUUGUCACAUUACAUCAUUUGGAUUUGCCUCAAAAUCUGCAAAUACUUGGUGGCUGGACUAACCCUUACAUAGUGGACUGGUUUUUGGACUACGCAAAACUAAUAUUCUCCUUCUAUGCUGACAGAGUAAAGUAUUGGCUGACAAUGAAUGAGCCUUAUAUAUUUUGUGACGUAUUCUAUAAGGUUUAUAACAGCCCGCCAAUAGGUACCGAUUCUAUAGUUGCACCGUUUAUUUGCUCCAAAAAUGCUAUGGUGGCCCAUGCUUUAGCGUACAGAUACUACCAAAGAGUAUUCAAAGCAAAGUAUAACGGUUUAAUAUCAUAUUCAAAAGCAUUCAUAUGGGUAGAAGCUGCUGAUCCUACAAAUGUUCGUGAAAAAGAAAUUGCUGAAUUGGUUUUACAAUAUUAUAAUGGUCGAUUUUUAUACCCGAUACAUUCAAAGAGAGGAGGCUGGCCUGCAUCUGUUGAGAAAUUCAUUCACGAUAUAAGUUUGGCGCGAGGUUUAAAUAGGUCUGCUUUACCUCCCUUUACUAAAGCUGAAAAGAAAUUGAUAAAAGGUUCUGCUGAUUACGUGGCUCUGAAUUAUUACCAAGGUUUAAAAUUGAAAUUGACAUCAUCAAAUAGCUCUCAACUCCUUACUCCCUUCAAUUACGCAAAAUUGUACGUUGUGGGUGAAUCCGAUUUAGAAGGAGCAUAUAGCACCCCAUGGUUAAAUCAUAAUGUAUAUCCCCUCGGUAUGAGAAAAGCAGCUUCGUGGAUUAAUCAGCAAUACGGUAAAUGGGAUAUAUUGAUUACUGAGAAUGGAUACGGGGGUAUUGAUAAAACUUUAACAGAUAAUACCAGAAUUCAGGCCAUGCGGGAUAAUCUUGAGCAGAUUCUACUAUCGAUACACGAAGAUCAUAAUAACAUUAUUGGAUACGGCUAUUGGUCAAUGAUUGAUGUGUUUGCAUUCGCUAAUGGAUACAAUGUAUCUUUCGGUCUGUGGGACGUAGACUUCAACGAUCCAGAACGACCGCGGACAGCCCGGGACUCCGCGCGAUACUUCACAUGCAUCACACAGAAUAGACAACUGGAGCCUUGCGAUGACUUAGUUAAAGGAUAAUAAAGCUAUUGACUAUAUAA